ACCGGCCUGUUCUCGCAGCCUUUCUGGCCAGAGCUGAUCGGGGCCGCCGACUGGUUUCCGAGUUUGCGCACCUGCGGCUGGGGCUCCCAGUUGAGAAAGGGGCCGGCGGCCGCCUCCCCACCUCUGCGGAUCGGGCCGCGGACCACCCCGGGAGAGAAGGAGGGCUGUGGGGGAAGCGGCACAUUCCUCCGGGCAGGAUCCCCGGGCCUCAGCCUCCGCACCACACCCUUGGCCCAGGCCAGGACUGAGUCAGGUAGAAGAGUCGAUAAAACCACCUGAUCCGGGGAAGGGAAGGCAGAGCGGAGCGCGGAGCGCGGACUCCCGGCGGCGCGUGGACUCCGCGGCGGACGGACGGCGCGGCCCGGCCAUGCCCGCGCUCUGGCUGAGCGGCUGCCUCUGCCUGGCGCUCCUCCUGCCUGCAGCCCGGGCCACCUCCCGGAGGGAAGUGUGUGACUGCAAUGGCAAGUCCGGGCAGUGCGUGUUUGAUCCCGAGCUCCGCAGACAGACGGGGAACGGAUUCCGCUGCCUCAACUGCAACGACCACACGGAUGGCCCUCGCUGCGAGCGGUGCCAGGACGGCUUCUACCGGCAGAGGGAGAGGGACCGCUGCCUGCCCUGCAACUGCCACACCAAAGGUUCUCUGAGCGCUCGCUGCGACAGUUCUGGCCGGUGCAGCUGCAAACCCGGUGUGACAGGAGACAGGUGUGACCGCUGUCUGCCCGGCUUCCACUCGCUCACCGACGCCGGCUGCACCCGAGACCAGAGGCUACUAGACUCCAAGUGUGACUGUGACCCAGCUGGCACCUCGGGGCCCUGCGACGAGGGCCGCUGUGUCUGCAAGCCAGCUGUCACCGGAGAGCGCUGUGACAGGUGUCUACCGGGUUACUAUCACCUGGAUGGGGGAAACCCUGAGGGCUGUACCCAGUGUUUUUGCUACGGGCAUUCAGCCAACUGCCGCAGCUCGGGAGACUAUAGUGUCCAUACAAUCACCUCUACUUUCUAUCAAGAUGUUGAUGGCUGGAAGGCUGUCCAAAGAAAUGGGUCUCCUGCAAAGCUCCAGUGGUCCCAGCGUCACCGGGAUGUGUUCAGCUCAGCACGACGAUCAGACCCUGUGUAUUUUGUCGCCCCUGCCAAAUUUCUCGGGAAUCAACAGGUGAGCUAUGGGCAAACCCUGUCUUUUGACUACCGUGUGGACAGGGGAGGCAGACACCCAUCCGCCCAUGAUGUCAUCCUGGAAGGUGCUGGUCUACGGGUCUCAGCUCCCUUGAUGCCCCCGGGCAAGACGCUGCCUUGUGGGCUCACCAAGACUUACACGUUCAGAUUAAAUGAACGUCCAAGCAGUAACUGGAGCCCCCAGCUGAGUUACUUCGAGUACCGGAGGUUACUGCGCAACCUCACGGCCCUGCGGAUCCGAGCCACUUACGGAGAGUAUAGCACCGGGUACCUCGACAAUGUGACCCUGAUCUCAGCCCGCCCCGUCUCUGGAGCCCCGGCGCCCUGGGUCGAGCAAUGCGUAUGUCCCGUUGGCUACAAGGGCCAGUUCUGCCAGGACUGUGCUUCCGGCUACAAAAGAGAUUCGGCCAGACUGGGACCUUUCGGUGCCUGUAUUCCAUGUAACUGCCAGGGGGGAGGAGCCUGCGAUCCAGACACAGGAGACUGUUACUCGGGGGAUGAAAACCUUGACAUUGAGUGCGCCGACUGCCCCAUUGGUUUCUACAACGAUCCACACGACCCCCGCAGCUGCAAGCCGUGUCCGUGCCACAAUGGGUUCAGCUGCUCUGUCAUGCCCGAGACAGAGGAGGUGGUGUGCAAUAACUGUCCCCAGGGCGUCACCGGCGCCCGCUGUGAGCUCUGUGCCGACGGCUACUUUGGGGACCCCUUCGGGGAGCGUGGCCCGGUGAGGCCUUGUCAGCCCUGUCAGUGCAACAACAAUGUGGACCCCGGGGCCUCCGGGAACUGCGACCGCCUGACCGGCAGGUGUCUCAAGUGCAUCCACAACACAGCGGGUGUCCACUGUGACCGGUGCAAAGCAGGCUACUUCGGGGACCCGUUGGCUGCCAACCCAGAGGACAAGUGUCGAGCUUGCAACUGCAAUCCAGCGGGCUCCGAGCCUGGGGAGUGUAGAAAUGAUGGCAGCUGUGUUUGCAAGCCCGGAUUUGGCGGCCUCAACUGUGAACACGCGGCACUAACCAGCUGUCCCGCUUGCUAUAAUCAAGUGAAGACUCAGAUGGACCAGUUUCUGCAGCAGCUCCAGAGCCUGGAGGCCCUGGUCUCCAGGGCUCAGGGUGGCGGCGGAGCGGUGCCCAGCCCAGAGCUGGAAGGCAGGAUGCGACAGGCUGAGCAGGCCUUGCGGGACCUUCUGAGAGAAGCCCAGAUCACAGAAGGGGCUAGUAAAUCUCUCGGUCUCCAGCUGGCCAAGGCAAGGAGCCAAGGGAGCAGCUACCGGAACCGCCUCAACGACCUCAAGACGGCCGUGGAAAGAAUCCGGGCCCUGGGCAGUCAGUAUGAGAACCGAGUUCAGGAUACGCGCAGCCUGCUCACGCAGACGCACCGGAGCCUGCAGGAGAGCGAGGCCUCCCUGAGAAACACCAACAUUCCUCCCCCAGAGCGCUACGUGGGGCCAAAUGGUUUUAAAAGCCUGGCCCAGGAGGCCACAAGACUGGCAGAUAGCCAUGUUGGGUCAGCCAGUGACAUGGAGCGGCUGGUCAGGGAAACCCAGGAUGACCUCAAACAGGCGCUGUCGCUGGCCCACAACGCCCUGCGGGAAGGAGGCAGAGGCAGCCUGGACGGCUCCGCGGUGCAAGGGCUCAUGGGAAAGUUGGAGAAGGCCAAGUCCCUGGCCCAGCGACUGUCGGGGGAGGCCACUCAAACUGACGUUGAAGCAGAUAGGUCUUACCAGCACAGUCUUCGCCUUCUCAAUGCCGUGUCUCAGCUGCCAGGAGUCAGUGAUCAGUCUUUUCAGCUAGAAGUGAAGAAGUUCGAACAAAAAACUGGUGCUCUCUCAAGCCUGGUGACUCGGCAUAUGGAUGAGUUCAAGCAUGUGCAAAGCAGUCUGGGAAACUGGGAAGAAGAAACCCAGCAGCUCUUACAGAAUGGAAAGAAUGGGAGACAGACAUCAGAUCAGCUGCUUUCCCGGGCCAACCUUGCUAAAAGCAGGGCCCAAGAAGCACUAAGUAUGGGCAAUGCCACUUUUUAUGAAGUUGAGAACAUCCUGAAAAACCUCCGAGAGUUUGACCUGCAGGUCGAAGACAGAAAAGCAGAAGCAGAAGAGGCCAUGAAGAGACUCCCCUACAUCAGCCAGAAGGUCGAAGAUGCCAGUGACAAGACCAAGCAAGCAGAGACAGCCCUGGGCGGUGCUGCCGCGGACGCCCAGAGGGCAAAGACCGCAGCCAGGGAGGCGCUGGAGAUCACUGACAAGAUAGAGCAGGAGAUAGGAAGUCUGAACUUGGAAGCCAAUGUGACAGCAGAUGGAGCCUUGGCCAUGGAGAAGGGACUGGCCAGUCUGAAGGGUGAGGUGAGGGAUGUGGACGGAGAGCUGGCGAGGAAGGAGCAAGAGUUUGACCUGGAUACAGACGCAGUGCAGAUGGUAAUUACAGAAGCCCAAAGAGUUGACAACAGAGCCAAGAAUGCUGGAGCUACGAUCCAAGACACCCUCAACUCACUGGACAGCAUCCUACACUUGAUAAGUCAGCCUGGCAGUGUGGAUGAAGAGAAGUUGACCUUACUGGAGCAGAAGCUCUUCCGGGCCAAGGCUCAGAUCAAUAGCCAGCUGAGGCCGUUGAUGGCAGAGCUGGAAGAGAGAGCCCGUCGGCAGCAGGGCCGCCUCCAUGUGCUGGAGAUGAGCAUAGACGGGAUUCUUGCUGACGUGAAGAACCUGGAGAACAUCAGAGACAACCUUCCUCCGGGCUGCUACAACACGCAGGCUCUCGAGCAACAGUGAAUCUGCUGUAGAGACUGCUCACGGAGGCUUUUGGGAUACAGAACUCAAGAGCCACCUCCUGUGGCUAAGGGUGGGAUGGAGAGACAUUUGAGCAUGUUGAAUGGGCAUGUUCAGGUCCACUGAACCUGACCCCAUCCCCGAGAGCUUGGCCAGAUCAACGUCUUCUUUCACCAGUGUGAUACUGCUUGUUUCCUGAUGCUGGGCAGUGGGCAGAUAGCAAUGGGUAUGAGACUGGCCAAGGGCCUGGACCCUGAAGGGUGGACUGGAUGGAAGGACAAGCCACACGGCCAGGUGUUUGCCUCAAGAGAGUCUCAGACUGAGUCCUGGAGUACGGACAGGUGCUGCUGGGCUCUAGUCGGCUUAUUCUUCAGGUAAUGUGACCAGAGGAAAUUUUUUUUAACUUUGCCCACCCAUACAAUUCUUAAUGUCUGAGCAGAGAGUGAAGCCCAGUCACACUGUGGCCAGUAAAAUAAUGUUGACUUAUAGUGUCCAGUGCAAGCUUCUUGUUGACUGGAGUUCCUCCCACUUACCACCCAGUGUGUCAACAUGUGUUCCACUUUCAAGCUGGAAGAAGUGACUAGUGAUGGAGUGAGAGUCUAUAAGGCUGGUCCAAUUGGACCAAUGGUGCCUGCUUGCGUCCUGCCACCUUUGAGUUCUUCUGGGACCUGGAAGUGACAUCCUUUCUCUGAUGAUGCCAUGACUCGUUAGAGACUACAUUUUUAUUAAAGCAUUUCUGACCGGCUAAACAAACACUGGGAAGGUACUUACUUUUGGGUUUCAAAGUGAUAGAGAAAUUCAACUUGGGCAUUGAAAGAAGUACAAUUAUAUAGAAGAGUUAUUAGUCCUAAAUCAGUCCCACUUUUCAAACACUAAAAAUUGUGUCUAUGUGUUUUAUUUUCUCACUCUCUCUCCCUAUAGCAGAGAAUGUUGCUAUUCACACUGGAGCUGGGUAGACUCCAUCCUCCUCCAUCCAUCCUUCCUUCCUUCCUUCCUUCCAUCCAUCCAUCCAUCCAUCCAUCCAUCCUUGCAACAUGUAUUUAUUGAGUACCUUCUGUGUGUCAGGCUGCGGUACAGUGGUGACGUAGUCUCUGCCCUCACAGAGUUGAUUGCCUAGUAAUGAAGACGAACACUAAAAAAAUAAAUUUAAACGUACAACUCUUGUUCAAUAGAAGUGAUUUUUAUUGCAAUAACCCCCUGGUUUGCAACCUCAUUUCUCAACAGAACAUAUGUUGCAAGAUACUCCCAUGGGGGCAGUUGGGAUUUGGCAAAGCCGGGAUGGCUCUGGGUUGUGCACACUUCUCAUUCCAGCUGUCCCUCCUCCCCUUUCCACACCUGAUUGCAACAAACUGUUGAGUCAUGACAAUACCAAUGGGAAUUGCUGGAAAAACCAGAAAUGAUUCCAUCCCGGGUUGGAAGAUGUUGGUGCAGACUCGCCUUUGUACUUCCUUGGCUUUUCGUGGAUUUGUUUUUGAAUAAAGAAUAAUUCUUAGA